AUGUAUUAUAUUCUCUACCUGGCAAGCCUCUGUCGCCGCCGUCAAUGGCCAGAACCUUCUUACGAAGCCUACGCGGCAACAGCAGGGUACACAUGUGUAGUACGAGUCAACAACCGUGAAUACCAGACUGAUACAGUGUUUCAAUCCGAGACAAUGGCCCGUGAAAGCGCCGCUAUGCGCGCAUACCUGAUAUGUCGAAAUUUCUCCGUCAACGAUGGCAUUCAUGGUGGUGCAGUGCAGGGCAUCCCGGUUGCCAUUGGCACUGGGCGCAAACCUGGCCGCGAUGAUGAUACCGACACCUCUGUUAGUAGCGGAAGUUGGAGUGGGGAUAGUAGUCCUGAGCGGACGGUUGCUGGCCAUGGCCAGGGAUUCAAUCAGAGUAGCAGUCUCAGCGGGACUGAUGAUCGUCAGCCUGUUGUGAGUGUUCCUGCGAUAUUUCCUAUAAUUUCCAAUAAUUACGAGCGGCAUGAAGUGGACGAUGCAUCAUAUUAA